AUGAACAGAUCCUCCACCAAGUACCAAAUGACCGUCAUCAAAGAUGCCUUCAUUGAGGGCGGCCGUGAGAAGGAGCUCGAGGAGCAGUUGCUGGAUGCCUCUGUGGUCGUUGACCUCGCCGGUGCCCGUUUCGGCUUCGACAUCCUGCGGCCUGGCCUGGGUUUGGAUAACACGGAGCCAGAGCGAUGUGACUUGCAGGGCACUCAGGCCCUCGUCGACGCGGCGGUCAAAAAAGGCGUCAAAAAGUUCAUUUAUGUGUCUGCCAUAAUGGCCAACGGAAAGAACCUCGGAGAGGAAGUCACAGAAAGCGACGUCUACAAGAACUGGAACAAUUUCGGAAGCGUGCUUGAGAAGAAGCUGGCAGCGGAGGAGUACAUCAAGAAGUCCGGCCUUGACUACACCAUCAUUCGUCCAGUGCCAAUGUCCAACGACUUCCCCAGAGAUGUCGGCGGAAUUUACUUCGCAAAGCCGGACUCGCUGCGCCUCCGUGAUUCCGAUGUGGGCAAGAAGAUCAGCCGUGACGAUGUGGGGCUGGCCGUGCUGGACGCCAUCUUCAACCCCAAAGCCUCGAGAGGUACCUUCGAGUUGGUUGGAGUUGCCGGUGCUCCGCCUACCCCGCGAGAUCAGUGGUGGGACGUGAAGGAUGGGCAGAAAGCGUAG